AUGUUGGAGAGAGAAGGAAAGGAAAGGGAAGAGAUCAACCCUGUCAGACCAAAGGUCAUGGCAGCUGAGUCAUCCCGUUGUAGUAGCAAGUCUGCUCGUGGUCAGCCUUUCCGUUGUGCUCACUGCUACUAUUCCUGCAACAUAUCAGGUUCCCUGAAGAGACAUUACAACAGAAAGCAUCCUAAUGAAGAGUAUGUAAAUGUAGGUUCUGGGGAACCUGCAGCAGAAGCCCUUAUCCAACAAGGUGGCAUUAAGUGUCCUGUUUGCAGCUUUGUGUACGGUACAAAAUGGGAGUGCAACAGACAUCUUAAAAUCAAGCAUGGGAUGAAGCUAGUGGAACGUGACAGGGAGACCAAGUGGGAGUUAACUGCUGAAGUUUCUGAAGAAGCAUCCACUCAGUAUCUCCAUAUCACAGAGGCUGGAGAUGUUCAAGGCACUCAAGCUGCUGUAGCUGCAUUACAGAAUCUUAGAUAUACUUCUGAGAAUGGUGAAAGGCUUGAUCCAACAGCUGUAAACAUCCUGCAGCAAAUCAUUGAGUUGGGUUCGGAAACCCACGACGCCGCUGCAGUCGCUUCUGUAGUUACCAUGGCACCUGGCACUGUGACAGUGGUAAAGCAG